AUGGCACAAUCCACUCCUCGAGUUUGGUUGAUUACCGGUUCUUCCUCUGGGUUCGGCAGGGCGAUGACGGAAGAGGUCUUGCGUAACGGCGAGAUUGUCGUCGCAACUCUGCGCAAGCCCUCCGCCCUUGAUGACCUCGCUGCCAAAUAUCCGCGCACUCGGCUCCUAGUGCUCCCCCUAGACGUGACGAAUGAAGCGCAGGUUAAAUCUGUCUUCGCACAGGCCAAGAAUGCCUUUGGGCACGUCAAUGUCGUGUAUAACAACGCGGGGCAGGUGUUUUAUCAAGAGUUGGAGGGGACGUCAUUGGACCGUGGCAGGGCACUAAUGGAUGUCAAUUUCUGGGGCGCCGUAACGGUAAGCUUUGAGGCGGUUAGAUUCUUUAGAGAGGAGAACCCGAAGGGUUAUGGGGGGAUGCUCGUUCAAGUAUCGAGCGUGGCAGCGACCGCAGGGGUCCCUUUGCUCGGGUUCUAUAACACUACGAAAGCAGCCUUGGAUUCGUUCACCGAAGUCCUGGCACAGGAAGUGCUUCCUGCUUGGAACAUUCGUUUCGUAAAUGUCCACCCAGGUUGGACGCGCACGCCCAUUUCAUCAAGUGAGGUGCUUGAGCCUCCGGCAGUGUACGCAUCGGAACCGGCAGCCGCAACCACGAAGAUGCGUGCUGGGUUUGAUGCGUUCAUCAAAAGCGAUGCGCUGGCUGAUGCUGAGGUUGUAACAAAACGCAUUUGGUCGGUGACGCGGAUGGACGAUGAAAACCUACGCAAGGGUGUUCAGGAGGGCAUCCCAGGCCUUGUGAACGUGUAUACGGGCAUGGACUCGCUGGAGGGUGUGCAUGCAAAGAUUGGACGGCUGCACGGUGAGCUGAUGUGGAAUACGAAAGUCCAUUAUGAACUUUAGUCUCGUGCACAUCUACAAAACGAACAGUCAGUUCUGCAGAAGUAAUUUGUGUAAACUCCCCAGAUGAGACUCAGAUGAAAUAGUGAUGGACGUGAUGAAAUAAGCGACAUACCUGGUGCGAUCUGGCGACGGUUCAUGCUCAGUUGUGGUCUUAAUAUACCAUUCUCGACAAACUUGGAAAAUUUGUAGUCUUUCAAGUCACUGAGACGGCACUCACGGUGUGGAUAACCGAC